UUUAGUGUCCCUUGGCAGGAUGAACUUACAACACAAGUCCACGUGCCACUCUACGUACUAGUGUUACUAGGUCUAAAACCGUAGUUUGGGUACUCAACACCAAGUCACGGAGUUAUACGUUCGUUAAAAUUACUAAUAAAUUGAAAAAAUCGGUGUAAAAACACUGAUUCAAGUCCAAAAAUAUUCAAGCAUAACUACGCACAUCCAGCCAGCACGGCUGACGCAACCGCAUUUUUUGUGCAAAUUGAGCACUAUUUUUACCAUGGACUAUAUUGAUACAAGCUACACGUUAAUACGUGCAGUUCGUGAAGGAAACCUAGAGAGAGCAAGGGAGAUACUUACUUAUUUUGGACUAUCUUAUUCACAAGCAUGGAAAGAAGGAUAUGUUUUACUUUGUGAUGCUAUUGAGAAUAGGCAUACAGAAGUUAUUAUACUACUUUUAACAAACGGUUCUAAAGUUAACAUCAACACUGACGAAUCUGAUAAUAACGAUCAUGAUACUCCACUUCAUUUAGCUGUUAUAAAUGGUGACAUAAAAAUUGUUAAGAUGCUUCUAGACAGAAGUGCUAAAAUUAAUGCUGAAGAUCAGUUUGGCAGAACUCCGCUUCAUGAUGCAAUUGAAAAUAAGGAAAUAGAAAUUGCUGAAUUACUUUUAAAUCAUGGAGCUAACGUUAAUGCUAGUGACAGUUUAGGUGUUACACCACUGUGUCUCGCUGUUCAACAAGGACAUGUAGAUGGUGUUAAGAUGCUGUUGGACAGAGGUGCUAACGUUAAUCCUCAAAAUCAGUGGUCUGGCACAACUCCACUUCACGAUGCGAUUAAACAUAAGAAAAUGGAAAUUGCUGAAUUACUAUUAAAUCAUGGAGCUAACAUUAGUGCUAGUGAUAAGUCAAGUGUUACACCACUGUGUCUCGCUGUUCAACAAGGAAAUGUAGAUGGUGUUAAGAUGCUGUUGGACAGAGGUGCUAACGUUAAUUUUCAAAAUCAGUGGUCUGGCACAACUCCGCUUCACGAUGCAAUGGAAAAUAAGGAAAUAGAAAUUGCUGAAUUACUUUUAAAUCAUGGAGCUAACGUUACCGCCAGUGGCAAACACGGUGUUACACCACUGUGUCUUGCUAUUCGAAGAGAACAUGUAGAUGGUGUUAAGAUGCUGUUGGACAGAGGUGCUAACGUUAAUGCUCACAAUCAGUGGUCUGGCACAACUCCGCUUCACGAUGCAAUUAAACAUAAGAAAAUGGAAAUUGCUGAAUUACUUUUAAAUCAUGGAGCUAACAUUAAUGUUACUGGGUCAGUUAUUUCACCAAAGUAUUAUGCUGGUCUACAAAGACGUAUGGAUAGAGAAAAAAAGAAGAUUUUUGACAGAGGUGCUAAUGUUAAUGCUGAAUUUCUGGAUGGCACAACUCCGCUUCGUUAUGUGAUGUCAUAUGAGGAAACGAAAAGUGAUGUCUUACUACAAGAUAUUAUUAAUAGAUCUAAUGUUAAUUCCAUUUAUGAGUCAGGUUUUACACCACUGUGUCUCGCUAUUCAAAUAAGACAUGUAAGUGGUGUUCAGAUGCUUUUGGACAGAGGUGCUAACGUUAAUGCUAAAACUCGGAAAGGCGUAACUCCGCUUCACUAUGCGAUUAAUUAUAAGAAUAUGGAAAUUGCUGAAUUACUAUUAAAUCAUGGAGCUAACAUUAAUGCCAGUUAUAAUUCAGGUGUUACACCACUGUCUCUUGCUGUUGGAAAAAAAAAUGUUGAAGUUGUUGCGAUGUUGUUAGACAGAGGUGCUGACGUUAAUACUGAAACUUGGGAUGGCAUAACUCCGCUUCACGCUGCGAUGAAAAAUAAGGAAAUGGAAAUUGCUGAAUUACUUUUAAAUCAUGGAGCUAAAGUUAACAGUGAUAACUCAGAUGUUACACCACUGUGUCUUGCUGUUCAACAAGGACAUGUAGAUGGUGUUAAGAUGCUGUUGGACAGAGGUGCUAACGUUAAUGCUAAAACUCGGGAAGGCGUAACUCCGCUUCACUAUGCGAUUAAACAUAAGAAAAUGGAAAUUGCUGAAUUACUAUUAAAUCAUGGAGCUAACGUUAAUGCCAGUGAUACAGACGGUGAUACACCACUGAGUCUCGCUGUUCAAAUAAGACAUGUAAGUGGUGUUCAAAUGCUUUUGGACAGAGGUGCUAACGUUAAUACUGAAACUAGUUAUGGCACAACUCCGCUUCACGCUGCGAUGAAAAAUAAGGAAAUAGAAAUUGCUGAAAUACUUUUAAAUCAUGGAGCUAACGUUAACGCCAGUAAUAAGUCAGGUGUUACACCACUAUAUUUUGCUAUUCAAAGAGAACAUGUAGAUGGUGUUAAGAUGCUGUUGGACAGAGGUGCUAACGUUAAUGCUCAAAAUCGGUGUUUUCGCACAAUUCUGCUUCACGAUGCGAUUAAACAUAAGAAAAUGGAAAUUGCUGAAUUACUAUUAAAUCAUGGAGCUGACAUUAAUGCUAGUGAUGAUUCAGGUUUUACACCACUGUGUCUCGCUAUUCAAAUAAGACAUGUAAGUGGUGUUCAGAUGCUUUUGGACAGAGGUGCUAACGUUAAUGUUGGAAUUCGGUAUGGCCAAACUCCGCUUCACUAUGCAAUUCAAUAUAAGAAAACGGAAAUUGCUGAGAUUCUUAAACAGCAUAUAGUUAAGAUGAAAACUGCAAAGUUAUACGUAAGUGAACACUUAUCAAUGAGGUGUAAUUACGAAAACAUGAAGGAUUUACAGGAUAAAUGUGAAAAAGAAGUAACAAUCUUGAAGAAUGAGAAAAUUAAUAAUACUAACAUAUCAUUUCAUGAUAUCUUGAUAAAAGAUCCAUUAGUAAUAUAUAUGAGAAAUGAAAAUGUAGUGCAGGUUUUAAGAUCAGACGAGUAUAAAACAAAAUUUCCAAUAUACUCUAGCAUGAUAAAAAAUCAGUUGAGAAAAGGUAUGGAAAAAAAAGAGUUGUUCGAACAAGGCACUAAAAUUUUUUAUUUGUUCUGUAACUUUCCUAAGCUACCACUUGAGUGUAUUGAACAAAUAUUUAGUUACUUAAGUGAUAAUGACAUAAGAAUUUUAAUAGAUACUUUUAGCCUUUACGCUGCCGGGAUUUGAAGAGCAUUAUGUCCCUUAGGAAAUUCCCAAAUUUUGUGGUUGUAUCUUUUAUAUAACUUAUAUAAAGUUGCGAUCAUAGGUAGGGUCUAUAUAUAGACCUUCCGGCAGCGUAUUGGACCGGAGAAAAUUUAAAAAUUUUAUUUUGUUUAAAAAUCCGUUUUUUUAGGUUUUUGAGAUCACUAAAAACGAUAGUGAAGUUAGUUUUUGAGUACAGUAAAUUUUUAGGGCUGUAUGACUCUCCUUCAGCGUUAUUCCGCCAAUGGCAGGGACGUAGAUAGAUA